AUGAUACGUUCAUAUUUUUAUCUUCCUUACAUCAACGACUUCGACAACAUUUUUUCAGUCUAUAACCGUUUUGAUUUGUUAGGUGAAUACCUCGCCUACAUUAUUAGCCAUACCAGAGAAGUUAAUUUGCUUAACAUAAAAACUGGUGAGCAAUUAAUGAGACCAAUUUUUUUGGAAGUUUCUAAUGAUCAGCUUGAACUUAAUCGUAUCCAAAUUUGGCUGACUGAAGAUCAAAAAAUAAUUCUCUUGAUAAAGUGGAUCCAUCAAAUUUUGAUUUUUAACGCCGAGGAUGGCAGACAAUAUGUGACACCUCCAGUUUUUACUAAUUUAAAUCGAGAUAACCAAAUAGUGAGCCGAAAAUUUGAAAACGAGGUUAUUAUUGUCGUUUUUGAAGAAGACGUCGACUUGUUGACUUUUUUCCAACUAGAAUUUAAUAAUCAAGAUGAAAUAAUAGCCAAAGAAAUUUUGCGCAUAACUCAACCAAUUGCCUUUCAUUACGAAUAUGAAAAAAUUUAUCAUGAAAAACGGAAGAUAAUGGUUGUGUUUAAUGCAAUUUCUACGAGGGUAGAUGAAACGAAUCUCAGAAAAAGAUUUUGCCGAGCAACUAUUGUCAGAUUACCACUAUUGAUUACAAAACCAAUAAAUAUCGACAGUCGUGAUAAACGUUACUCAAUGACACUUGUGCGAAAAUUCGAUGUAAAUCGAUUCGAAAUUUUUUGUUCCGAUUCUAAAAUACUACUUCUUUCCAGAGAAGAAGAGUGGCAUUUUUACGCAUACAAAUUAGAAAACCUGCAGAAUUUAAUGUAUAUUAACUUAGAGCGUCUUGGUAAGGUCGAAUUUCCACUGAAAAGUAUUUCAUUAGAACAAGGGUUCGAUCCAAUGAUGACACAAAUUGACGGAGAACCUAGAAUUAUCAUACCUGUUAAAGAUUUAUCUAUAAGCAUGAUACGCAUUGUCUAA